ACGAUGAUCUGUAUCUGAUUCUCAGAAAGAUCAACAAAUCAUAGGAAAAAUUAAACGCGAAUGAGUCUCGUCAGUGACGCGAUCUGUAAUUUUCCCCCUUUCUGUCGUUGUAAAAAUGCUGGAGGCAUCCAGUCUGUUUUUCUCAUGUGUUGAGAAAAUUAUAUCAAACUACCAUGUUCUUAAGCAAGAAAACAGGUUCAAUAAUGCAGCGCAUGAAAGGGAGCAUCAUUGACAAAAACAAUCAAACAAAGACAAAGGUAAAGAAGGGGGAAAAAAAAAAGCACAUACUAAAUUACAGCCGUUUGCUUUUCAAGGCGUCUCAUACAACGAGGAAAAAUUUAUACUCAAGUAGAGAAUAAACGAGAUUAUGAAGUUAUUCCUACAACAAACAGAAGUGAAACCUAGACAUGAUCGAUUGCCUACUGCCAAAUUAAGAGAUACAGCUGAUUUUUCCGUCUAUUACAGUCCAAAGGAGAAAACACCAGCAGCGAAGGAAUUGCCCAUAGAACAACAACAUCUAUGGACUCUGGCGAUUGCUUUAUUGACACCAGAUACUGAAGAAAAACAGUUGCUAUCGCUUCGAAAAUGGUACAGUCAAUUAGUGCAGCCUGGUUUACAGUACUUUAUCGAGAGAAAUACAAAAAAAUAUCCUGACGAUCCGUUUGUCAGUGUGUUUGCUCAUUUGGUAUUUGGACAGCGUCAAAAAGCAGCUGAACUGGCACAGCAGCAAAAGGAUUUUAUGUUGGGAUUGUAUAUAUGCCAUUCAGAAUUGAAAGAUUUGAAUUAUAUCAUCGAGGAACAAUUCCACAGUCUUAAAGAUCAACCACAACAGCAACCGUCAUCCGAGAAACAAACGAGUUGGCAUCACAUGUCGGUUCAUCAAAAGAAAUGUUGGUAUUUAAUUGCAGGUCAAUUUGGAUAUAGCACAACCGAUCAUUUUGCUGUUACCGAUGGUCUUUACUGGCAAUUAAUUUUGGGUUUGUACAUUUGGUAUGGAACAAGUUAUGGGGAGCCUGUCGAUUUGAACAGAGACUACAACAAAAUGCUAGAGAAAGAAGCAGCAGCCAAUGCCAUGCUUGAAUUACAACAUAUGCAUUUGGGAGAAGCGUCAUCCACCGAGCCUUCUUUACCCGAUUCGGGUAUUUUAUGGUACCAACUGUUACAGUGGUGGUGUGGCGACAGUAAAAUUGCAGAUUUGCAGGCAUGGCCGUUGGAAUUAUUAUGGUUGCUAAGCUUAUAUAAACAGCCCAACAACAUUGAUCCACUAUUUGCAAACUUGUGGAUUGAAGAAUUAGAGAAAGAAGAUUUUGCUAAUUUUGCUAUCUAUGCGUCGCUAUUUUUACCAGAUGCUGAGCAGAAAAUAGAACAUAUAUUACGGAAUGGAGAAUGGAGUGAUGAGGACACUCUUAUCACCCAAUAUCAUAUUCCAAAAAGACUCAUACAAAAAGCAAAGGCAUUGAAUGCACAUGAUGAAUGGGACUUUGAGGCAGAAUAUAAGCACUUGUUAGAUGGCCAACUAUUAGACGAAGCAAAAUUGGCAUUGAUAUACUUUGUUAUUCCAAAGCUUUUUGAGAGUAAGUUUAUCCUUCCAGCAAUAUCUUUCUGAUGGGUUAUUCAUAUUUUCACUGUCCUUCUCUCUCUCCUCUUAGGCGCAGUAUCCCAUAAUUAUAAACCUAUCUUAUCCUUUAUUGACUCAUACCCGAACAGAGAAGAUGAAGAUAUUCUCGCUCUAAAAAACAUAUUCAUUUAUGUCGCCUCCGCCAAAGAAGCAAAAUCUUCCAAAGAAACAUCAUUCACCACUGCAGAUGGAAUUCAACAGCA